AUUGUGGGGACUCGAAACGAGGCAAACAGACAAAGAUUAGUUCUUUAUUUACGUUUAUCGUGCUCUUAUCGUAAUAAUACCUUUGAAAAAAUGUGAUUCAAUACGUCCGGUGUAGUUUUUACAACGUUUACUUUGAGAAAGGACAAGCUCCAAAGUCGUCUGAUUCAUUUCAAGAGCCUACGUCAUAUGCUUGAUAAGAUUCAAUGUAAUCUAUAUAUGAAGGAGAGCGAGAGGGCCGACAAGCUAGGAAUACGAAAUGCGAAUUUUAGAAAUCGAACGACAUUUUGGCGCGCUCUCUUCAUUACCACGAAAAAAUUAUAAUCUGUGAUUGUGCAUUUUACAAAUGAUUAAAUAAGAUUAUGUACCGUUUGUUUUAUUAAGUUAGCGUUAAAAUAAGUGAUUCCGUUCAGUCGAUGCUCAAACGCAACACAUAAAAAUAAAAGUGCUCAAAUUCUUUUGUUUCGUAAUAACAAAAUACGUCCAUGACUAUACAACGCAGUGAAUUGAAUUUUGUGAUUUCCUCGUGUGCUUAGUGUUUAUUCGUGUGCCGCAGUGAUUUGAUAGAGUAUUUCGUUGAGAACAACGCCAUCUAUUAUAAAAUAGUGGAAAUGUUGUGUAUAUGACGCGAUGGAGGCCGGUUACAUACCGGUGAACGUUGGGAAUGGCGGCGGGAAUGCUCCGCCCCUCGCCGUGGUGGCGCCACCGGUCAACGUCAUCCGAGCGCCCGGACUGAAGCGCGGGAAAAUGGAAGAAGCUAUUUCAGAUAGGAUCAAAUUGGAAUCGGUCUUGGGACUAACGGUGAGCAGUAAUGCGGCUCUGGACUGCGAUCCGAACACGGAACUCGUGGCGUACCCGGCCGGAUGCACUGUCGUUCUGUACAACGUGAGAAAGAACCGACAGUCGCACGUUUUGAAUUCGUCCCGGAAGAGCGUCACCUGCGUCUCGUUCUCCCCGGACGGGCGGUACCUCGCCACCGGGGAAUGCGGACACGCGCCCGCCGUCCGGGUAUGGGACCUCCAGGAUCCUACAGCGUCCGGCGCUGUACAGAUCGCGGAGUUCCCAGGACAUACGCACGGAGUCAGCUGCGUGGCAUUCUCCACGUCGUCGAAAUACCUAGUAUCCGUUGGCUCUCAACACGACAUGAUCGUGAACGUUUGGGACUGGAGAGCGAACCUCAAGCUGGCCAGCAAUAAGGUGUCGUCUCGCGUGAAGGCCGUCAGCUUCGCGGAGAACGGCAACUACUUCGUCACGGUCGGCUUCAGGCACGUCAAGUUCUGGUACCUGGAAUAUUCGAGAAACGCUAAAUUCAAAGAGCCGGUUCCGUUGAUGGGCAGAUCAGCGAUACUGGGCGAGCAGAAGGACAAUGAGUUCUGCGACGUGGUCUGCGGCCGGGGCGAGUCCGCGGACAGCACCUACGCGAUCACGAGGGGCGGCCUGCUCUGCGAGUUCAACAGCAGACGGUUGCUGGACAAGUGGGUCGAGCUCAGGACGCAGUCCGCCAACUGUAUGGCGGUGGGCGCUAAUUUCAUAUUCGUCGGCUGCGCCGAGGGCAUAGUUCGGUGCUUCGCCCCCGACACGCUCCAGUACAUCACGACGCUGCCGAGGACGCACUACCUCGGCGUCGACGUGGCGCAGGGCACCAACAUCAGCCACAUGUUCUCGCAGCCGCCGCGCGCGCGGUACCCGGACGCGACGGCGCUGGCGUACGACGAGCGCGCCCACCGGCUCACGUGCGUCUACAACGACCACAGUCUGUACGUGUGGGACGUGCGCGACAUCCGCCGGGUGGGCAAGUCGCACUCGGCGCUGUACCACUCGGCGUGCAUCUGGGGCGUGGAGGUGUCCGGGGACGGCACGCUGCUGACCUGCUCCAGCGACGACACCGUGCGCAUGUGGGGCCUGGAGCCGCGCGCGAGGAACAUCUACAGCAAUGAGCUGAAUAAAAUAGUGUACAUAGACCCGGAGCUGAAGUUCCUGAAGGACGUGGACCUGACCGCCUCCAGCGAGAAGGACAAGUCCAAGUCGUACGACGACAAGACCGGCGUCAGGUGCGUGGCGGCGUCCGGGGACGGCGCGCACGUGGCGUGCGGGGACCGCGCCGGCAACGUGUGGGUGGUGUCGGCGGGCGGCGCGCUGCUGCACACGCUGGAGGCGCACGACGCGGAGGUGCUGGCGCUGCAGUACGCCGCGCGCCCGCGCCUGCUCGCCUCCGCCUCGCGGGACCGACUCGUGCACGUCUUCGACGUCGACAAGGGCUACCAGAUCCUGCAGACGCUGGACGAGCACUCGUCCUCCAUCACGGCGGUGCGCUUCAUCGCGUCCGGCUCCGGCCUGCAGAUGGUCUCCUGCGGCGCCGACAAGACCAUCCUCUUCAGGCAGCUGAAGACCGACGGCAGCCGGCAGUUCGCGCGCGGACAGAACGUGUCCGGCCGCACCACGCUCUACGACAUGGAGGUGGACGCCGGCGGGCGACACGUGCUCACCGCAUGCCAGGACCGCAACGUGCGCGUGUACAGCACGGCCAACGGGCGUCACACCAAGACCUUCCGGGGGACCACGGCGGAGGACGGGACCCUCAUCAAGGUGGCUCUGGACAGCAGCGGGAUAUAUCUGGCGACGUCGAGCACGGACAAGAUCUUGAGCGUGUACGACUACUACUCCGGGGAGUGCAUGGCGACCAUGUACGGGCACUCCGAGAUAGUCACCGGCCUCAAGUUCACUCCGGACUGCCAGCACCUGGUGUCGGGGUCCGGGGACGGCUGCAUCUUCGUGUGGAGGGUCCCGCACGACAUGGUGGUGACGAUGCGGGCGCGACUGGCGCAGCAGGCCAUACGACAGGGGAAGAAAGUAGGUACGGUCAGCAACGGCACGUCGGGGCUGGAGAGCGAGGGGGAGUCGCAGUGGGGCUCGCCGCCGCGGGAACACUUCGCGCCGCCCCGCGUGCCCGACUACACUCUCCGCAUAGGGCGGCUCCCGUCGUGGGCCAAGAAGAGCUUAGGGGACGACUUGGCGGCCCCCGAGAGCCCGGCGCCGGAGCCCCCCGCGCGGGGCAAGUGGGCCACCAGGAUACACCCGGCAGAGAAACGUGUUGAUUCAGACGGGUCCAAGGACAGCUCCCUCGACAGUGGUACCGACACAAGGUUCAUUGAGAAGAGAAAAGAGAACCAAUCGAAACAGCGCCCGAAGUCGCUCAAUUUAUCGCAGCUGCCGCGCGUGGAGGCGCUCUUCCGCGAUUUCGAUGCAACAAUGAGAAAGACCCAUGAUAUUCUAUGUAUAUCGCCGAGAUUCGAAAAGGUUACGAUUAACAUUUCGAAGACCAGUGCACAGGAUGGUCGUGUGAGGCAUCACACGGACGACUCUUCCCUUGGCAGUUUUAAAUACGAGGAUCAAGAGUCGACGGAGCACGACGGUGACGUGGAGGACAUCUCGGACGGCGAGAGGACCUCGUCUUCGGAGAGGGCGUCCCGGCCUACUUACUACCCCGGCAAUAACGACGACGACACCCCGGGCGAGUUCAUGGUGAACGCCAUGGACGCUGAAGAGUUGAGGCAGUCGAUUCGUCGCUCGAAGCGCUGGAAGACCGACUCCCCCCGGCUGGAGAUACCACCCACCACCACCUCGCUCAGCGGCUCCGGCCACGACUCCGACGAUGACGAGGUGUCCACCCCGUCCGGCGACAACGCGGACCGGAACCCUCUGUCGGCGUCCUGCGAGUCGCUGCCCCGCGCCGCCCUGCGCGAGACCUACGUGCGCGCCGCCUUCGACAGCCUGGGGGGGACCGACGCCGCGCCCGGCGCAGGACACAACUCACUGUCGUCGCAGCACCGCGCGCCCACGGUGUCUCGCAACAAGCUCCUGGACCCGGAGGCUGCGAGGAAACGAGAGGAACUCAACAGAAGGAUACUGGAGACCAGGAGGCAGCUGGAGAAUGUCGCGUUCAGAUCGAACCUGAAGUCCAGCCAGUCCACGACGGACCUCUCCUACAUCCCCGAGAAGGACAACGCGCGCAGGUCGCGACCCAUGUCCAUGGCCGUGCCAAGCAACACUCGACCUUACGCUGGUCGCAACUAUUUGUCGGCAUCGGACCGCGAGGAGGAGGGGACCGGUAUGAGGAGGGCGAUAUCUCUGUCGGACCUCGCCGCCAAGCCGAUGCCGGCUCCCAGGACGCCGCAAGGUCAGACUAAGCCGGUCGCUCAGCAGCCUAGCAGUCAAAGCAAGUCCAGCUUCGUCCGCCCCCCACCGAGGUACAGCAACAAAUCGAACAUGACGAGGAGUUCCAGUGUCGGAGUACUGAACCAGAGUGACUCAGAAUCGGAUCCUCAGCCGUCCAGACCACAGUCGAGCCGUGCUCAAGGAUUGAUGCGACCAACGAUUAGCUCCAUGAAUAAGGCGGCAGCCAACACGGCCAGGAGACGUGGCCUGUCGAACGCCUACAGCGCCGUGAGUCUCGCAACGGGAGGGCAAGAGGAGUCCAGUUCUGAAGCGGAUGAGAGGAGGGGAGACGAGAAACCCUCGGCGCCGAGGCCCAGGUCCGGCUCCGUGGAUGCCCAGAGGAGGAUCGGGCGCAGUGGCAGCGAGCGCGACCUGUCGGCGAAGGCGCGCGAGGUGACAGCGCGGCUGGCCGCCGCCCCCCGCCCCCGCCACAAGCACGACCCCCCCGCCGACACCAGCCCGUCGUCGUCCCAGCUGUGCGCGGCGCUGACGGAGCAGCUGACCCGCACGGCCGGCAAGGUGGCGCAGCUGUACGCCAGCCUGCGCCGCGCGCCCGCCGCCGCCGCCGACCUCAGCGGUUUGGAAGCCGCGAUACUGGAGACGCAGAAGGUCCUGCGCAGCGCCGUGUCGGGGGGCGAGCCGGGGGGCGCAGGGGGGCUGGGGGACGCGGGACCCCACAGCCUGACCCCCGCCGAGGGAGACGCGGGAGUACUCGAUGUGGACUCCACAAGAGAGAAACUUGAAAAUUUAGUUGCUAAAGAGGUCAACGCAACGAAUCCAGCCAUGUCUCUGAUCGAGCAGUACUCCGACCUCCUCCUCAAUAUGAUGCAGAACAAAAUGGUGAACCAGUUCUCGUCCAGUCCGCAGAGUCUGCCGCCCAGCGCGUCCCGGGGGGCCGGCCGGGAGAGUUAGUACGGGGGGACGCUCCCACAGGUAGGGGGGCCGCUCCUAUGGGUGGGGGCUGCUCCCACGGGUGGGGGGGUCGCUCCUAUGGGUGGGGGGCCGCACCCACGGACACCCUUGUAGAGAAACUGACGGUCCCCCACGUCCCCUCGUCACUCCCGAACACAUCUGUACAUUAGCGUUACGUUUUUAGUAUUAGUAUUAAUUUGUGUAUAAUUUUGUAAUGUAAUUUUAACGAUGCAAGACAUUGAAAUGCGCGCUUGACCGAAGGAAGCCUUUAUUAACUGUAAAAAAAAAAAAACACGUGUGAUGUUUUUACAUCAGAAAAUUCAAUUAAUAAUCCGAUAAUGACGUGUACCGCACAAAAUCGCGCAUUUUACUGGGUACAUUUGGGGCCAAACGAACACUGCCUCCAGACCGUGCGCUGAUAUAAGGUCAGACACACACUAUUUUUUAAUGCUUAGAUGGGUGGACGAGCUCACAGCUCAUCUGGUGUUAAGUGGUUACUUGAGCCAAUAGACAUCUACAACGUAAAUGCGCCACCCACCUCGAGAUCUAAGUUUUAAGGUCUCAGUAUAGUUACAACGGCUGUCCCACCCUUCAAGCCGAAACGCAUUACUGCAUCACGGCAGAAAUAGGCGGGGGGGUGGAACCCACCCGCGCGGACUUACAAGAGGUCCUACCACCAGUAUAUUGAGUUUUAAAAGGUUAAUUUAAAAAAAAUCGUAAGUCGAUCGAAUUGUUUUUUAUAGUAGUUGUCAUUUAAUAUCGUUAUCUACAAAGUAUUGCAUCUCCAGCAAACUAUAACCUAUAACGCGAUGAGGGCAUUACAUAUCGGCCCCGGUCGUACCGGAGCGCGGUGUCACCGCGUGGGGGCGAAGCACCCGCCGCUAUAGGGCUUGAUAUACAAAGAGAACGUGUGUAUGAACUGUUGUAUGAACCAGUAGCGUGCAAACUUUUUCAAUUGCGGCUCCUUUAGAAAGAGGAAAUCCUUGAUCACUCCUCUUGAAGGGAGUGGUGUAUUAUGAGCUGCUGAACAGAGCAGGAAAAAAUGGCGACCAUUAACAGUCUUCCCCCCAACCCCCCGUCCCCCAUGUUCGUCAACGCAUAGACACGUGUAAAAGAGAUCUUAGCGAACAGAUACGACGUUUAACUUCUCAGAUCGUGUGAUAUUAGUAAUCGACAAAGACAUUUUAAAUGUAAUUUGUAAUUAUUAUAAUUUUUUUAACUAAAAACAAACAACAUUUGACUUAGCAUUCCGUAAAGCGCUAACACCUUAUUUACAUUCCCGAAUAAUUGGAAAUCGAUAUUGUAACUUAUACAUCUAAGCUGGCACGUACCUCUGCUGGUUUCGAUGGCGCCCAGAGGCGACAAGACGUCUCAUGCGUGAGGCGUUUCCUUUAAUCAAUCACUCGAACUCCUCAUCGACCUCAAGAUGCGGAAGUUUCUGUUAACCCAACAACCACUUUCGACUAAUGCGAAAAUUCAUAUCGGCAAACUCUCUAUAACCAAAGACAGGCGCGACUGCCCUACGUCAUACAUUACCCGUCCGCCGCCAAUGUUCACGCCGCGAGCGCUACCAACGCGUCAAUGUACUUUAAAAUAAAUGUCAAUGUUAAUAUAUUGCUAAGCGCUAGGGUUCGGGAUAAAUAAAAAUUCUACUGAAUCACAAGUUAAAACUAUAUUCAACACUUAGAACACUUAAAACACUCAACAAACACUUUAAAACUCUCAUUUCGCUUGUUCCGAUUCGCUUCAGGUGAUCCGUUCGCUGUUUCGCUUCGAGUAGUUCCGAUUACUAACUGACUGCGUGCUAUGCCUGCAACGCUUUUAUAGCCGAUACCACAUCCCUAUAAUUAUUGAGAAUAUUCCACACAUCUCUAGUAUUGUGUUUCCGCUAUCUGACAAUAGAUGGCGUUGUACUUCUCGAGCGUUCUAGGUGCUACUAGAUUCUUCGAUAUUCGUUCGACUAUUCGGCGGUAGAUGGCGUUACUCUUACCGGCGUAACAAUAUUAAGAUGUAGUUAACUUCCAGCGUGCAUACCAGCAUCCCUAUCUUAAUCUACGAUCCUCUUUAAUUAACUGUUUACCUAAACUACAUAUAAAUCGCUGUGGUGUUUCUUAAUAAUGACGUUUAUAAAGUGGCUUAUGUGUAAAUUAUGUGUAGACACCAUUUUUUAAUUUUCAACUCAAUUAUUUUAAUGUUCAAAAAUAUAUUUGCCAUUUAUGUAAAAGACUAAUGUUUAUUGUGUAAUUAAAUAUUGUUUUUUUUUUUAAUUACAAUUUAUUAUGAGUA